AAGGCAUGAACUGCAUGAACAAGAACCACGGCUGCGCCCACAUCUGCCGAGAGACCCCCAAGGGGGGCAUCGCCUGCGAGUGCCGCCCCGGCUUCGAGCUCACCAAGAACCAGCGCGACUGCAAACUGACCUGCAACUACGGGAACGGGGGGUGCCAGCACACGUGCGACGACACCGACCAGGGCCCCAAGUGCGGCUGCCACGUCAAGUUCCUGCUGCACUCGGAGACGUGCGCUGUGAACAACGGGGGCUGCGACAGCAAAUGUCACGACGCGGCCACGGGCGUGCACUGCAGCUGCCCCAUGGGCUUCAUGCUCCAGCCCGACAGGAAGACGUGCAAAGACAUCGACGAGUGCCGGCUCAACAACGGCGGCUGCGACCACAUCUGCAGGAACACGGUGGGCAGCUUUGAGUGCAGCUGCAAGAAGGGCUACAAACUGCUCAUCAACGAGAGGAACUGCCAAGACAUUGACGAGUGCUCCUUCGACCGCACCUGCGACCACCUCUGCGUCAACACCCCCGGCAGCUUCCAGUGCCUCUGCAACAAGGGCUACACGCUCUACGGGCUCACCCACUGUGGAGACGUUGACGAAUGCAGCAUCAACCGCGGGGGCUGCAAAUUUGGCUGCAUCAACACGCCCGGCAGCUACCAGUGUACCUGUCCUGCUGGCUGCAAGCUGCACUGGAACAAAAAGGACUGCAUUGCCGGCGCCUGUCCCUCCGAGCUGGUGAAAUGCCUGCCAGGUUCGGUGCCACCGCGGGCCACCCUCACCUGCAACAAGACGGGCAAGAAGGACAGCUGUGCCCUCACCUGCGCCUCCAGGGCCCGCUUCCUGCCAGAGUCGGACAGCAGCUACACGGUGAGCUGCGGGACCCCCGUCCUCGGCGGCCACCAGAGACCCGCCAACAGCAGCCAGCAGUGCCUCGAGACUGUGGCCGCACCAAUCAAGCAAAAAGCGUCCUUCAAGAUCAAGGAUGCCAAGUGCCACCUGCACCCGCGGGCCAAGGGCAAGCAGGACGAGGCCGGGAAGGUUGGGGCACAAGGUCCUGACUCGUCCCCCCAUGUACAUCCGUGCUCCGACUGCCAGGUCGCCUUCGUCAACCUCAAGUGCGACUCGUCCAAGAAGGGGAAGGGGCGCCGGGCGCGCAACUCCUCCAGCAAGGAGGUGACGCGCAUCACGCUGGAGUUUGAGGCGGAGAUCAAGCCCGAGGAGACCACAG